AUGCCAGAUCUAUCAUCUGAGACCUCCACGGAGGUUGUCAAGCUCUCGUAUUGGAUGUUCGCGGUCUGGUGGAUGAUUCUUCUCGGCAUUCAUUUGGUAGCUGGGGUCUACACUGCGCUCUAUGCCUACUGCUACUGGUUCUUGAAGGACACUUUUCUCAACUAUAAUCUCGAGGUGUACCAGAUUGGAAUGCCAGCGCCGUAUCAUAAAAUGAUCAGUAUCGUACACGCCUCCAUGUCUGGUCUCCACGGAGUGUGCAUCAUUCUGAUGGUAAGUGGUUCAAUCUGGCAGCGGUCCCUCUCGUUUACCCCGUGGUCAUCGUGUAAUGCCGAUGCCAAGAGUGUGGAGGACAAAGUAUUUCGCACGCGGUCAGCGCUGAUGGAGAGUUUUUCGAAAGUCUAUGGUAAGGUCACUGAUCGCCAUGGAUUUUGUGGAGUCAAUGGAGAACACUUUCCGGUCUUACUGGUGUGCAGAGAAAUACUAGAGACAGUCCUCCAGACUAUUCAAGCAUAUCGAAUGAGUAUGCUAUUACCGCGAACACUGCUCAACCGCUUUUACGUCGUAUUACUUGUUACCAAUUGUUGGUCCUCCAUUGUGAUAUAUUCUUUCUUCUUUAAGGGCGACGAAGCACGCAGACGCUUUGUGUGUAUCAUCUUGGACUGCAUUCUUGACCUGAUGUCCUGUAUGGGUGUCCAACUCAUGGUGGUGCUGAGCUAUUGGAGUGAUUAUGUUGUAGACCUCGGAGGGUUUUGGGAUUUUGUGUGGUACGACGAUAUGUAA